GCCGGCGGCUGGGAGCGGCGAGGCGGCGGCGAGCGGCGGCCGGCAAGGCCCGGGAGGUGGUGGCCGAGGCCCAGGCGGCGGCGGCGGCGGCGGCGGCCCAGGCGGCGGCGGACAGGGAGCGGCGGGAGCAGGCCCGGCCUGGCCCUCGAGCGGCCGCCCGGCUGCAGCAUGCGCGUCCGCCGGGGGCUGCUGCGGCUGCCGCGCCGCUCGCUGCUCGCCGCGCUCUUCUUCUUCUCGCUCUCGUCCUCGCUGCUCUACUUCGUCUAUGUGGCGCCCGGCAUAGUAUUCCCUUGUAGGGUUGGCCCUUCUGUUUUGUGGACCUGAUGGGCCUUGCAUUGCUGUAACAUGUGAGCAUCACUUAGCUGAAGAAAGAAGAGUUACGUCUGAUCAUUCUGGAUCAAGUGAAAGGCAAAUUGAUAUCAUAGAUGACAGAAAAUGAGUGGCUCAGAAGACCCCUUUCUAGGACUACAGUUUGAUGUUUGCUAAAGACAAGCCAUCUGGUCUGGAGGGACGGUUUCAUACCCACAGGGUGUUAAGAGAAGACCUUGUUUUGUGGAAUAUUUAUGCCUGGGAGUCAAGACAUUUUCAAGUGCUUUCUUUGUGAACACCUACCUCUUCAUGAUGCAGGCUCAAGGCAUUCUCAUCCGGGACAACAUGAGAACGAUCGGCGCUCAGGUUUACGAGCAGGUGGUUCGGAGCGCUUAUGCCAAGAGGAACAGCAGCGUGAAUGACUCAGAUUAUCCUCUUGACCUGAACCACAGCGAAACCUUCCUACAAACAACGACUUUUCUUCCCGAAGACUUCACUUACUUUGCAAACCAUACCUGCCCCGAAAGGCUCCCUUCCAUGAAGGGCCCCAUAGACAUAAACAUGAGUGAAAUUGGGAUGGAUGCCAUCCAUGAACUCUUCUCUAAAGACCCAACCAUCAAGCUCGGUGGUCACUGGAAGCCGUCGGAUUGCGUGCCUCGAUGGAAGGUGGCGAUCCUUAUCCCCUUCCGGAACCGCCACGAGCACCUCCCGGUCCUGUUCCGACACCUGGUUCCCAUGCUCCAGCGCCAGCGCCUGCAGUUUGCGUUUUAUGUGGUGGAGCAAGUUGGUACCCAUCCUUUUAAUCGAGCCAUGCUUUUUAACGUGGGUUUUCAAGAAGCAAUGAAGGACUUGGACUGGGACUGUCUUAUUUUUCAUGACGUGGAUCAUAUACCAGAAAGUGAUCGUAACUAUUAUGGAUGUGGACAGAUGCCAAGGCACUUUGCAACCAAACUGGAUAAGUAUAUGUAUCUGCUUCCUUAUACUGAGUUCUUUGGCGGAGUGAGUGGCUUAACAGUGGAGCAGUUUCGGAAAAUCAACGGCUUCCCUAAUGCUUUCUGGGGUUGGGGCGGAGAAGACGACGACCUGUGGAACAGAGUACAGAAUGCAGGCUAUUCUGUGAGUCGGCCGGAAGGUGACACAGGGAAGUACAAAUCCAUUCCUCAUCACCAUCGAGGAGAAGUCCAGUUCCUUGGAAGGUAUGCUCUGCUGAGGAAGUCCAAAGAACGACAAGCGCUGGACGGCCUCAACAACUUGAACUACUUUGCAAACAUCACAUACGACGCCUUGUAUAAAAACAUUACUGUCAACUUGACACCUGAGCUGGCUCAGGUGACCGAGUACUGAGACGAGGAGAGAAUAUAUGUUUGCUUCACCCACCACCCCCAAGAAAGCAGCCUGACGACGUGUCUCGGGGCUCCACAGAGGAAGAGAACAGAGAUCCAGUGUCUCGCGAAGGAUCACAGGGUUCAAGGAAAAAAUGUGAACAGAGCACAUGCACAAAACGCCUUCACCGUUUGGACCUGCUGGGGUUGAGGGAGUCAGCUGGGAACUGACUUUCUCUGUCCUGCUGCUCUUCUCCCCCGUCUCCUGCCCUGACGUACCGUCUCAGCCAUGAUCCCCAGAACGGGAACUGUGACCCGCCACCGGCCUGCAGUGGAGCCUCUUCCUGCAAACGGCCUUGGGAGCUUCUUGGCCUUUGGAGCAAAGAGGCAGACCCGCCACAGGGCUGCUGUGUUUUAGGAAGAGCAAAAGAAACUCCACACAACCAUUCUUCUACAUCUCUGGUGUUCUCUUUGGUUUCAUUAAAAAAAAAAAAAAAAAUUACCUGCUUUGGGUGGGGAUUGAGGGUGGAGGGGAGGGACUGGGGAAGAUAAAUAGACAUAUUACAAUCACUUCUUGAAGAAGUAUAAUUGUAAAUAAGCCGUGUAAAAUGCCUUUUUUACAUUUAAUUUUUUAGCUGGCUCCAAUUCAAACCGAGGGUUUAUACAUUAGGUCCCGUAUUUGUUUGGCAGAUGCAGGAACUCAGCUAAAAUGGAAUAACAUCAUCUUCCAAAUUGCUGGCACUCUGGAAAGGAGGGGAUAUAGGGCAUGUCACAAAAGAACAAAAAAGUCCAAUCUUUAUUGCUGGUAGCUAACUUCUUCCCCCGUCCCGUCCGCUUUUCCGAAAGUCUCGCUCUCGACAUCAACUCUGAAUUCUCUCUUCCCUGCUGGGCGCAUCCUCUCAUCCCGGUCUUGUGCUGAACAGGAGGCUGCUGUGUUAGAACACUGCUCUCCUGCUCGAAGCCAGCCCUUCAGGUGGGCCCACUGUGCGUACCCCCUGGAUCUCUGGACUUGCAGCAUCAUAGAGAAAGAGUGUGGGCGUUGGUUUGUCCUUCUUUCUCUCUCUCUCUCUUUCACUUGCUCUAAUGGAACUCGGCCACAGUUUCUGAAAUCUGUGCCUAAAUUACCAGCCAGCUUCAACGAUUCCUUUGAAUAUUUCCCUUUUUGGUUUCUGGAAAGAUUUUUUUGUCAACAUAAUUAACUAGGACAUAGAGUAAUGAGCAACUGAAUGAUGAAGAACUCAGCCGGAGAUCAGGUGACACUCGUGUGCUGCGGGUCGGCUGGGAUCCAGGUUAGACCAAGUCCAAGCUUUGGGAGCAGGCGAACAAAGCUGCCGGACAGAUGCAGGAGCCCGAGUGCUCCGUUCACACCCCCAUGUGCUUUUUGAAGUCAGAUUCUAAAUUGCAUUUGAAUUUGUGCCUGUUUUCCCCUGAGCCAAAUCCCUCACCUCAUAGUCCCCUUUGGCUUCCGCAGAAUUCUGAAAAAUGCCAGGUUUUCCCCCUCCUUUUUUCCAUAAAGCAUAUUUAUAUAUCGUUAUUAGGAGUACUCUCUGAAGAGUACUUCAUAUUUUUUUUAAUUGCCUUGUUUGCCUUCAACUUCCUUAAUUUUCAUGGUUUACAUGGACGCGUGCGUAGGGGCUGUAUUUGUGUACAUACUCGUGGGUUGGGUUUUUUUCUGUUGCAUGUGUUGGUUCCGUGGACAUAUGAUCCCCACAAGCUGUGGGAGUGAUUGGCCAGGCCUUGUUUUGUUGUUGUUGUUGUUGUUGUUGUUGUUGUUGUUGUGUUUUUGUUCUUUCAAAGAGGAGAAUGCUAUUUAGAAAAUAAAUUGCAUUGCAGAGCUCUUACUGGCUCAUAUGAGAGAGCAGACUGCUGCCCUUGAACACGCUGGUAAGUUGUGUCAUAAUGUUUUAAAAAGAGUUUUGAGCAUUUCUAGCUUUAAAAGACCUUCAUGAGGAACAGGACACACAGGUGUUGUUUUGGCUUUCCUUUGAUGUAUGGUGUAUAUAGCAAUAAAGAUUUCUCUCCCCGCUUCCUCCGUGCACCCCCAGGCCUCUGUGCUGGCCUGGCCUCUUCUCUCUCCGAGGGCUGUGAACCGCUUUCAGUGUGACAAAAUUAUGAUGUCAUUUGGAAGAAUUUGCCAGGCCAGACAGAUUCUCGGUCAAGAGUGGCUCGGGUACACUCGGCGGCGUAUUGUAAAAUGAUCUUGUUUGAAGCGUUUCGUUAAUGUAUUUACUAUCAAGAACAAAAUGUUGGCAGAAGGCUAACACCUGAUUUGAAGAAGAAAAUGCUGAUUUGAGGGCAAAAGGAAGUCUCUUUCCACUGCUCGAAGUAGGGUCACUUAAAUCAUCUUGCAAUCAUGUGUGAGUUUGUUUUAUUCAUGUGAAAUCUCUUACUGUGCACUGUAAGUCCUUUUUCCACCAAGCUGAGUAUCAUGUGGAGAAACGUAAAAGUGAAAAACACAACCAGUCCUGUGUGCUGUUAAUAGUGUGAAAUUCUCAUGUUAAAGAAAAAAAACAAGAACCAAAUGUGCCCUUGCACAUAUUUUGGCAACUGAAAUUCCUUAAGGCUAUCGAUGAACGACCCCUGAAAUCAGUCUUGUCUUUUGAUUGCUGCAUACAGGGAAAAGUUUUCCUCUCAUGCUUUUUUUUUUUUUUUUUUUUUGGUGAGGGGAAGUUAUCUGCAAAACUAUUCGUGUUGACAUUACAGGGCUUCUUGUGAGAGCCUCUCUACCACAGAUGUUAACAGCUGAUUGUAUCCACUCACCAAUGACAAUGACAUUGAACGUAGCUAGCUUAUUACCAUCACUACGGUUUUUUGAGCUUGCUCUUAUGUUUUAAGAGGUGCCAGGGGUACAUUUUUGCACUGAAAUCUAAAGAUGUUUUAAAAAAACACUUUUCACAAAAAAUAGUCCUUUGUCAUUACAUUAUUUACUCAUGUGUUUGUACAUUUUUGUAUGUUAAUUUAUGAAUGAUUUUUUCAGUAAAAAAAAUACCUAUUCAAGAACUGAACC